AUGGCAUCCUGGCGCGAAAACAACAAACACAUCCGUAUCUUGCGCGACGCAGAAGCCGGCAAGUACGGCGUCAUUGCAGCCAUCGCGUACAACAUCGAGCAAAUCCUAGGCUUUGUACGUGCCGCAGAGACUUCAAGAUCGCCACUUAUCAUCCAGUUCUUCCCCUGGGCUAUAACAGCUACCGAGGGUCUCUUGGUUCGGACCGCGGCAGAUGCAGCUGCUAGGGCCAGCGUGCCCAUCAGCAUUCACUUGGACCACGCGCAGUCUGAGGACAUCAUCAAAGUCGCAGCAGACGGUCUCCCUUUCGAUAGCAUCAUGGUUGACAUGUCGCAUUAUGCAAAAGAGGUGAAUCUGCAGAAGACUCGUGAGUUGGUCGACUACUGCAAUCAGCGACAGAUUGCCACGGAAGCCGAACCAGGUCGUAUCGAGGGUGGCGAAGACGGUGUGAUGGAUACCGCAGGAUUGGAAGCUUGUAUGACGACUCCGGAAGAGGUGGACGAGUUCGUGGAUACGGGUGUUGAUGCUCUGGCGCCGGCUUUUGGUAACGUUCAUGGGGAAUACGGUUCACGGGGCCCUCAGCUGGAUUUCGAGCGAUUCAAUCAAAUUCGCACUCAGGUUAGAGGAAGAGUCAGACUGGCCCUUCAUGGGACGAAUGGUUUCUCACCUGGAAUCUUGAAACGAUGUGUGGAGGCAGGCGUGUCAAAGAUCAAUGUCAACAAGUUGGUUUUGGAGGACUAUUAUGAGCACCUCCACUCCAAUGCUGGCAAGAUGCCACAUACCCAGCUUUUUGAGGAGGGAAUCCAGAAAGUCGCCGAUCAGACUAUGUAUUGGAUGGAAGUCUGCGAAUCUGCUGGGAAAGUAUAA